UCGCAGUUGCGUGAGGACCGAACGGCGACCAGUACACACUCCCCUUCGUAUAAAUAAAGCCUUUUUUCUCUUCUCAAAACUCAGCACAACAAACCAGUUCAGAGAGAGUCUGAAAAGAUGCCAGAAGAGACGAUUACGAUUGAUUACGUAAUGGAGAAGGAGUCUGGGCCUCACUUCUCCGGUCUACGCCUCGACGGCCUUCUAUCGUCGCCGCUGGUUUCGUCCACUUCUUCUCCUUCUCAUCUCCGCUCUUCUUUUUCUUCCGCUCCUGCUUUUGCCGACGGUAAUGCUCCCAAGCAGCCCUUCGUCAUCGGAGUAUCAGGUGGUACAGCUUCUGGUAAGACAACUGUUUGUGACAUGAUUAUCCAACAGCUUCAUGAUCAUCGCGUAGUCCUAGUUAAUCAGGAUUCAUUUUACCGUGGUUUGACACCUGAAGAAUCGGAACGUGUGCAUGAGUAUAAUUUCGAUCAUCCUGAUGCUUUUGACACCGAGCAACUUUUGGAUUGCAUCCAAAAGUUGAAAAGCGGGCAAUCUUACCAUGUGCCAAUUUAUGAUUUCAAGAAGCAUCAUCGCUGCUCAGAUAGCUUCCGCCAGGUAUGAGCUGUUUUCUAAAUUGUGAUUUUAGGAUCUCUACCUAUUUGGUUAGUCUUUGAACUUUUUGAUGAUCUAGUUGCUGACCGAAUAUUUUCACAAAAUGCUGAUGUGAGGCUGGCUCGUAGAAUAAGACGUGAUACUGUUGAGAGGGGUAGGGACGUUACCUCCGUUCUUGAGCAGUAUGCGAAGUUUGUUAAACCUGCAUUUGAUGAUUUUGUUCUGCCUUCGAAGAAGUAUGCUGAUGUGAUCAUUCCCCGUGGAGGUGAUAAUCAUGUUGCCAUUGAUUUGAUUGUUCAACAUAUCCACACAAAGCUUGGCCAACAUGAUCUCUGCAAAAUAUAUCCCAAUGUAACUGUAAUUCAAUCAACAUUUCACGUGUGUCUUCUUCUGAUAUCUGUUAUAUUGGUAGGUUUCUUUUCACUUAGUACUAGUUUAGAUGUGGAGAAUGCACAGGUAAAUGGUAGUUUUUGCUAUAUGAUGAGAGAGUCGUCUUUGCAAAACGGCAAAGAAUCUGGUAAUCCCUAUACUGAUCUCCACUCUGUUUUCUCCAGGCACCCGAAGGGAAUCCAUUGUGUUUGCAAGCGAUUCCCAUCCUUGAAAAUCGUGACUUCAGAAAUCGAUGCUUGCUUGAAUGAAGAGUUUCGUGUAAUACCAGGUAUGGGUGAGUUUGGCGAUCGAUACUUUGGUACUGAUGACUGAUCAACAUGUGAAUAUUAAGAGCUAAGCAAGCCAAGUUCUCAAGCACCCAUUAUUUUCUGCUUUUUGUUACAGUUGAUGUUCUAUGAAAAGAAUUGUGAUGUAUAAUAGGAUGGUGAUAUGCUUAUUCUCUAAUAUUGUAUGAUGUUGAUGCUUCUGCUUGUUUCUCUAGUUCAAUUUCCAUUUACGUUA